AUGGCUCCGUCUACAGAAAUCCAAUCCAAAGUCGAGGAAGACGAGCUCGCCCUUGAAACUGUCGAGGAUGUCCCAGUCAACAAACUCACCAGCUUCAAUGGCCGACUGCAGCAAUACCUGCAUAGCGGGACCGCAGCGCACGAAGCCCCAACUGCCUCUCGGGGUACUAUAUCGCAACGCCGCAUAAACACCAAGACCGAAUAUAAACCAGACAUUACCGAACGUCAAGCAAAAGCCACAAUAUCCAGCCCAAGGCGCAAGAGAACAGCGUCAGCAACCUCAUGCACCACCCGCUCAAAGUCGACCACAAUAGCCACGCCUCCAUCCCCAAUCCCACCUCGCCAAAGCCCAAACAAACGCAAGCGCAGCACAGCAAAUCCCCAAACCCCACCCAUACCCGCAAUCGCCGGCCCUUCAGCGACAGAAUCCCUCCUUCGCGACACAAUCCCCCCAAACCUGAUCCUCCUACUCGUAGGCGUGAAUCCCGGAAUAAUGACCGGCGUAACGGGGUACGCCUACGCGCAUCCGUCCAACCUAUUCUGGAAACUGCUCUAUUCAUCAGGGAUAACAAGUGUCCGCCACAUACCCGCCGAUACAUACAAGCUUCCGGCGCUGUACAGCGUGGGCAACACGAACAUCGUGGAGCGGCCGACGCGCGACGCGAGCAUGCUCAGUCGCGCGGAGAUGGAUGCCGGCGUGCCGGUGCUCGAAGCAAAGGUUGCUGCGCAGAGGCCUGAGGUUGUUUGUCUUGUUGGAAAGAGUAUUUGGGAGGCUGUUUGGCGGGUUAGACAUGGGAGGGGGAUUCGGAAGGAGGAGUUUCGGUAUGGGUGGCAGGCGGAGACGGAGAAUAUGGGUCGGGUUGAUGAUUGGGCUGGGGCGCCGGUUUUCGUAGCUACGACGACUAGUGGGCUUGCGGCGGGGAUGAAGCCGGCGGAGAAGGAGGCUGUUUGGGCGGAGUUGGGAAGUUGGGUUGUGAGGAGGAGGGGAGAGAGGGGGUUGGAUCCUGUGGUGGUUAAGGAGGAGGUUUGA